CGAGGAUUAUUAUCGUUAGCCGGCACUAUUUUCAGAAAUAUUUUUAAAGCCUCUCGCGUAGCUUUAUCUUCAAUUCCCACUUUUAAUUUCGCAGCCAACGUAAACGCAAUGUCAGAAAGAGUACACAACAGAGUUGUUAUCAUCGGUUCAGGUCCAGCUGGCCACACUGCAGCAGUCUACCUCGCUAGAGCUGAAAUGCAACCAGUCUUAUUCGAAGGAAUGCUUGCUAAUGGUAUAGCACCAGGUGGACAACUUACGACUACCACCGACGUAGAAAACUACCCAGGUUUCCCAGACGGUAUUAGAGGUCCAGAAAUGAUGGACAAAUUCAGAGCCCAAUCUGAGAGAUUCGGUACAACAAUCCACACUGAAACAAUCUCAAAGGUUGAUUUAUCAAAGAGACCGUUCAAAUACUGGAGAGAAGGUUCAGAAGAGGAUGACAACGCAUACGAAUUGGCAGAUUCUAUCAUUUUAGCCACAGGUGCAUCAGCUAAGCGUUUAUUCUUACCUGGUGAAGAAACCUACUGGCAAUCAGGUAUCUCUGCUUGCGCUGUAUGUGAUGGUGCUGCACCAAUUUUUAGAAAUAAGUCAUUAGCUGUCAUUGGUGGUGGUGACUCUGCAGCUGAGGAAGCAACUUACCUCACAAAGUACGCUUCACAUGUUCACGUUCUUGUUCGUAGACACGAAUUGAGAGCAUCAAAGAUUAUGGCACAAAGAUUACUCAAGCAUCCAAAGGUUACCGUACACUGGAACACUCAAGCUACUGAAGCACUCGGUGAUGGUGAUUUGUUACAAGCACUCACACUUAAGGAUGUACAAUCAGGUGAAACCAGAAAAUUAGAUGUUAACGGUCUUUUCUACGCCAUCGGUCACGAACCAGCCACUCAACUCGUUAGAUCUCAAGUAGACACUGAUGAAGAUGGAUAUAUCAAGACCGUCCCAGGUACUACACAAACUAACAUCAAGGGUCUUUUUGCUGCCGGUGACGUUCAAGAUAAGAGAUACAGACAAGCUAUCACUUCAGCCGGUUCAGGAUGUAUGGCUGCCUUAGAAUGUGAAAGACUUCUUGCAGAGGAAGAAGUUGAGGAGUCUGCCUAAAUUCAAUAAAAGUAUAGAGACCCCUUUCUUAUAUAUCUUGACAUGAAAUGUAUCACAAAAAAAAAUUGAUAGAAAAUUUAGCUUUUAUUGUCGUGUAUAUACAAGCAAAUUUAAUAAUUUCUUAUAUAA